CUUCCGCCGGGUUGCAUGCACGCUGAAGUUCCGUGCUGUCACCAGUUUUCUAAUCUCAUUGUAAGGGAGUCCCAAUGAAGGUGAGCGUGGUGUCUCCUCGUUCUCUGUUUACCUGACACACCUGUACCUGUGUUGUUAAUAAACACCUUGAAGUCCGCCCUCAGACCGGGAGAGGACGGAAAGCCGACAGCCACAAGGAUGAAGAGACUCUCGGUGCUGUCCCUGCUGCUGUGGAUGAGUGCGGUGUACUUCGUGGGCAUUUACCUCUUCGUGGGUGGAUUUCUGCUGGUGAGGCUGGAGGUGAACAGGACCAGCACCUGCGGAGAUGUGCUGCAGCCCGGAGAGGAGCCGGUGGACUUCUGCCGCGCCCAGCCGCGUUUCCGUAAGGUCGUGCUCCUCAUCAUCGACGCCCUCAAGAUCGACUUUGCCCGGUUUGACCCGAACAACACAGAUCCACGACCCUACGAGAACAAGCUGCCUGUGCUGGAGGAGACGGUGUCAUCCAGGCCUUCUCACAGUCGCCUGUACCCCUUCCGUGCAGACCCUCCUACGACCACCAUGCAGAGGAUCAAAGGCUUCACGACUGGAUCCUUGCCUACUUUUGUGGAUGUGGGGAAUAACUUUGCAUCCAGUGCCAUAUUGGAAGACAACCUCAUCCAUCAAUUUGGACAAGUGGGCAAACGAGUGGUGUUCAUGGGCGAUGACACUUGGGAGAAUCUGUUUCCAAAGAAGUUCCACCGCUCUCUGCCCUUCCCUUCUUUCAAUGUGAAGGACCUACACACUGUGGACAACGGGAUCCUUCAGCACCUUUACACAACGAUUGUCGGGGAGGACUGGGAUGUUCUGGUUGCUCAUUUCCUUGGAGUGGAUCACUGCGGUCACAGGUUUGGUCCUGAUCACCCAGCCAUGGCAGACAAGCUGGUUCAGAUGGAUGGAGUCAUCAGAUCUGUGAUCGACCGUCUGCAGAACGACACCCUCUUGGUGGUGAUGGGAGAUCACGGGAUGACAGACACUGGGGAUCACGGGGGAGAGAGUCAGAAAGAGACUGAUGCUGCUAUCUUCCUCUACAGCCCUUCUCCUCUUUUUCCCGGACCACCAUCCCAGAGUGAACCAGAAGUGGUGCCUCAGACAGACCUGGUACCAACCCUUGCUCUGCUUCUUGGAGUUCCCAUCCCGUACAGCAGUGUGGGCCAGGUUCUCCUGCCUGUGUUUCCUCCUCAUGGGCAAACAGCAGGUGCAGUUGGAGGUUUCAGCCAGCUGGAGGCACUGUGGAUUAAUGCUAAACAGGUCAACCGUUUCCUGGAGACUUACUCUAGCAUGGCCAAAGACAUCCCGCCAGAGAGCCUCUCUCUGCUGAAGGACAAAUUCUCCCGCCUCUCCUCUGAUUACCUCGCCAUGGUCAGAGAGGGUCGCUCAUCCUCCCCUGAGCUAGCUGCCUCCCUGCAGGCAUACCUCAGCUUGGUCAGAGACACCUGCAGAGCCACCUGGGCUCAGUUCAACCCCCUAAAGAUGGCAGCAGGUUUAGCCGUCCUGGCAUUUGCCUGCUUGACGUGCUUCAUCCUGUCUGAGCUGUCCUUCGUGUUGAUGAGUGAGAAUGGUCCCGGACUAAAGGCCCCAGUGGUGGUGGGACUCGUCGUGGGAGUCUGUGCUGCUGCUGGUCAGCUGUUCACACAGGGCUACACUGAGGUAGCGUGGUGCCUGGCAGCCGCCACCCUCAGCUCUGAACUGCUCUUUCUCUGGAGGGCUCAUCGGUCCAGAACCAUGACUUUGGCUAAGAAUGGAUCUAAAGCUCCAAAGUUUGCUAGCUUGCUGAACCCGCGCCACCUUCUCGUCCCCUCUCUCCUGGUCCCACUCCUCCGUUGCGCCUCUCUGUUAUCGGACAGCUACGUGAUCGCUGAAGGCCGUGUCGUGACUUUUCUGGUGUUCUCUCUGGCUCUCUAUAUUCCCAUCCAUCUCAACUGGGACGGCUUUCUCUUACCCCCCAACCACGACCCACUGAAGCCAGCAGGGCUCCUUCCUGCUGCAGCCUUGUCUCCAUCUGCUUUGAGGAAAGAAAGCAGCACCCUGUUAGCCUGCUUAGGACUCCUCGUCGGCAGCCUCUACCUUUCCCUCUCCUUCCAUGGCUGUCGAGAAGAACAGGGCUCCUGCCGCCCGUCUCUGUUCCUGGCCCCUCUGUCCCGGUUGCAGGACGCCCAGCUGAAGAACCUCCACUACAUCCUCUCCGUGUGCUCCCUUGGCUUAUGGACUUAUUUACUUAGACGCUGCCUCCGCUACUAUGGCAACCUCAACUCCUCAGGCGGGACUGUAUUCGCCGCCCGCUUCAUCCUACCACUGCUGUCGGUGUGCCUCGGGCUCCACUGGGCUGUCAGUUCCACUCCAGAGGACAGCUUCAGGAGUCUUGCAGAGCUGAUCAGCCUGGCUCAGCUGGCCCUCCCGAGGACUGCCUUUUUUCUCCUAGGACUUGGGCUGUUCCUGAUCUUUCUGGACCCUCUCACUGUGUUUGUCAAGACAAGGACUGCAACCACAGCCAGAACUUCAUCUGUACCUCCUCCCCGCUAUCGAGCCAGUACCGGCAUCAGCCCCCAAGCUGAACUGCAUCACCUCAUCCCCCAGAUCUACCAGCGCAUGCGUCGUUCCCUAGAUGAUGGCGAGCUGAGCGGGGGCAAUGAGUUGGGUAGCAGACCCGCUGUGGAGGCCUAUGGCCUGGGAACUGUUUACUCUGCCCCUUUGCUGCUGUUCUGUGGCCUGCUGGGAAUUGGUCUGCUGCUGCUGCACCCAGAGGGCAUGGCUUUGUCUUUCCUCCUUCUGCUGCUUGAAAUGGGAGCUUUGUUGCACAUUCAUGCCUCGUCCACUACCCUCAGUGGCCUGCAUGGAACAAACUCUAGCGGCUUUAUCGUGCCCUGGACUCAAGUCGUGCUGUGGUCCCUGGCUGCCACCCAGUUCUUCCACGCCACAGGUCACCUUCCCACCUUCCCCUCCAUCCAGUGGGGGGCUGCUUUUGUGGGGUUUCCUGAUGGGCACACAGGCACCAUGCUGCCUGCCUCACUGGUUACCCUCAACACUUUUGCCUCGCACAUCUUGUUUGCAGUGGGCUGCCCGUUGCUGCUCUUCUGGCCCCUGGUGUGCGAGGUCCGUGGCAGCAGAGGAGGCCGAGCUUGUGGGGAAGAAGGAGAAGAUGCAGUGAUGGAGAUGAGAUUGAGAGAAAACCCCCAUCAGUUCAGCUCUGCGCUUCUACAACUCUCAACACGCUACCUCUUUAUACUUGGAGUGCAGGUCUUUGCGUCAGUCUGUGCAGCUGCAAUCCUCAGGAGACACCUAAUGGUGUGGAAGGUUUUUGCACCCAAGUUGAUGUUUGAGGCCUCAGGGUUCCUGGUGAGCAGCGUGUCUCUUCUCAUCGGCGUCACAUUAGUAAUGAGAGUAGACGUGGCUGUGAGCCGAUGGUUUAAGAGACUCGUCCCCGAUGCAUCCAGGUAGCGACGGCACUCCUGCUGCUGCAGCUGCUUUACCACGAAAGUCCACCAGAGCUCACUGUGCCACACAGAAAACAGACAUGAUGGUAACUGUAAGAACACACAUUGCCAUCUUUGUCAAGCUUCAGAUUCGAAACAACAAUGUCAUUCACUCUUUUGAGGGCUAUGUUGAGAAUUACUGAGGCCUGUUAUCAAGCUGACAACGCUUGGAUGACUCUGACUUUCAUUGAAGAUUUUUACAGUGUUACGAUAAUAAGCUCCUCGCUCAGCUGAUGAGGUUGAAGGCUUUUGGGGGAUUUCUGAGCUGAAUGUAUUUUAGAAAGAAAAACCUCAAACUGAAUGUUCCUCCUUAACACCUGCUCUCUAACUUACAACAUACAUGAGACCUUUCAAGCUCCCUGAACCAGGCUGUCUUGCAAGUGAUUCAGCAGUCAAAGUGCUGCACUUCAACCAUCAACGAAACAGUUUACACUACGCUACAUGCCUGUCACAGCUGGCCAGCAACUUCAGCAUUCAAACAAAUGUGACUUUGAAGAGGUUCUCCACCUCCAUAACUACCUGAUUUAGUUAGUUUAGUGUUAUGACAGUGAAAUGUACUCUUCAGACGGUUAGCUGAUCCUUUCCCACAGCUGUACAGAAAUAAUGAGCGGUAAAGGUUCAGUGUCUUCCUUCAACACUUAGCUACAGGCUGACAACUUUAGAGCCAAUGUGCCACCCCAUGUCAGGAGCCACCUCAUAAUGAAUUUGCAAGAAGCUGUACUCCGCUUAGAUUCAACUAAAGUGCAUCACAGCAUCUUUGUCAUCUUCGUGUUUGCUGGAGGAACUUUUUACAUCUUUUUUUGUAUGUUUAACGUGUUGAAAUAACCAGAGUGUCUGGUUACUGCCAAUUCAUAGACUUUAUUAAUUUGGUGUUUGUUUUUUUACACAGUUUUGGGUUCUUAAUCUUUCAUGGUCUCUGUUUUUGAGGGUACUGAUUUCUAACUAAUGCCUAUUUAUACAUUUUUUUUAAUCUCUUAUACUUUUUUAAAAUCUGAAGUGGAACGUUCCUCUUAAUCAGGCCUCCUACAUUGAUUUUUUUUCCUGGAAUGUGUGCCUAGCUUUAAGUAAUGCCUUUUUUUGUGUAUGAUGUCAUUCUGUCGACAGGGUCAUAAAAUCCAGGACCUCCACAAACACCAUUAGUUAAUUUAUUUCUGCAGGGCGCCUGAGUCAGUGUCCAGUAUAAGAUCUGUUACUGUUCUGCAGCUGUAGUCAGCAGCUGAGGCUCAUUAGCUAAUGCAUGAUAUUGAAGGGAAGUUGAGCUCAGGUUGAAUUAGCUACAAUGCAAUAGUACUGCAUUUCUCAGGCUGUUGUAUGGGAGUGAGUGGUCAUUUAUAGCAGCUGCUGUAUUGACACCAGCCAUAGUGAUUGUUUGGCGGGGUGAAAUGACGACAGGACACAUUUGUUUUCUGUUUUAAAUUGUUUAAUAUAUAAAUAACUGAUCAAUUAAUAUGAUUUUACAUUCUGUGAAAAAUGUAAUUAAAAUUUUGUACUUGA